AUGCCUCGUCAAACAAUAGCGAGGGGUCGAGCCAAGAUGGUCCAGUACAUUUUUACUCCCUGGCGCGACCGCCAGGAGCUGCUCCUCGUUCGCGACCAGCUCUAUGGCGACAGACGAGACCACGAGCUACCACCACCGCCGCACGAGGACGAUGAUGCCCGACGCACCCGCCAGAACCUCGCCGUCGCGCGCAUCUCCAUGUGGGUGCAGCGAGGUAGCUGCCCGCACAUGGUGGAGUCGACCGCCCUGCUCUUCGCCGCUGUCCUCAGCGACAAGGUCGCCGCGACCCAGAGCGCUGGCUCGUCCACCUAUGCGGUCCGGGCUGCUUAUUCGGCCGCCUUUAGUCGAUUCGUCACCGGACUCCUCGACGGCCACCAGGACAAGCUGCGCAAGCAGAGCAUGUAUUCCAUCGCCAAGUUGAUAGGCCUGCCGGCCACCUUUGUCGAGCUGCGCCACCAAGUCAUCCACGAGCAGCUGCCGUCUCUCGUCAAGCUGCGUCCGGCGGCGCACAUGGCUCUCGACUGGAUCUGGGACUAUUACUGGAAGCAGCUCGACCAAGGCGACGACGCAUCUUGCCCACCGCAGGAUUCUUGUAAAGAGGCGAUGCUCAGAUAUCUGCGCGAAGAGGAUGAGCAGCGCAGACAAGCCAUGAUUGCGCGCGAGCUGAGCAGAUGGGACAUGACAGAGCUCAUGGCCACCAUCAAAGACCUGCAGACGACACUCCCUGGGAACCAGGUAUACCUCAAAUGCAUGAAGCUGAAGCAAGAGCUACUCGUGCUGGAAGAGACGAGGCUGCGAGCCCCGGCUGCCGCAGAAGCUGAUGCUCCGUCGCAAGAGCCAGAACCGACAGUGCUCGAAGCAGAUGAUGCUCAAGAUGAAGAAUCCGACGACGACGAUUUCGGCUGGUCCAGAUACAAUGGACAGUGGAAGCCAAAGCCAAUCGGCAUUCUCGCAGUCUCUCGCGCCAUGCAUAUCGAAUCUAUUCCCAUGUGGGUGGGCACCAGUAACAACUAUGCCUACCUUGUCAUCGACGAUAAAACCAAGGACGCUGUCAUCAUUGACCCGGCUAAUCCUCCCGAGGUCGCGCCUGUUCUCAAGGAUUUCAUCGCUGCCGGCAAGAUUAACCUGACGAGCAUCGUCAACACCCACCACCAUUGGGAUCACGCAGGCGGCAAUAAGAAGCUGAUUGCGGCGCUGGGCAACCCCAAGCUCGGCAUCAUUGGCGGCAAGGACUGCGAGGGCGUCACGCAGACCCCCCAGCACGAGGAGGUCUUCAAGAUUGGCGAAAUCUCUGUCAAGGCCGUCCACACGCCCUGCCACACCCAAGAUAGUAUCUGCUACUACAUGGAGGACAGCACGGGCAAGGCCGUCUUUACCGGCGACACGCUCUUCAUCAGUGGGUGCGGCCGAUUCUUCGAAGGCAAUGCCGCCGAGAUGCACGAGGCCCUCAACAAGCGACUGGCUUCCCUGCCGGAUGACACAGUCGUCUAUCCCGGCCACGAGUACACCAAAGCCAACGUCCAGUUUGCCAUUUCUGUCCUGCAAAGCGGCCCCGUCAAGGCGCUGCACGACUAUGCCGAGAACAACAAGGUCACCACGGGCAAAUUCACCAUUGCCGAUGAAAAGAAACACAAUGUCUUUAUGCGCCUCGACGAUCCCAUCGUGCAAAAGGCCACCGGCGCCACCGACCCCGUCGAGGUCAUGGCUCAGCUGCGCGAGAUGAAGAACAGCUUCAACCUUUCGAUAACACGGCGCGUCGCCAAAAGCCACCUCCCCCACUACACAAAUGGUAACGGUCCACCGAAGCGCAAGCCCGCCGCCGCCGCCGCCGCCGCUGCUGCGGCGCCGAAAGCACCGCGGCAGUCCAAGCUCGCCAAGGAGCACAACGUGUCGGCGCAAGAAGAGAAUGAGAUCCGCGAAGCCUACAGCCUGUUUGCCGAGCCGGCCGACGGAGAAAAGAAUGGCGUGCUACCAAUCGACGACGUCAAGUCGGCCCUCAUUGCUCUCGGCGUGCCGCCCUCCUCCCCCGCGGAGCUCCGCGAGUUCCUGUCCAUCCUGGACCCCGACGACGACGGGUACGCGACGUACGAGCCCUUCUUCGCGAUUGCGGCGCUGCAGUUCCACAGCAGGGCGGCGCGCGGCGACGCGGCGCAGCACCGGGCGCAGGUCGCGGAGGCGUUUGCGCUCUUCACCAACCAGCAGGACGGGCCCAUCACGCUGGCGCACCUGCGGCGCGUGGCGGCCGUGCUCAAGGAGGACGUCGACGAGGACCUGCUCAAGGAUAUGAUUCUCGAGGCCAAUGGCGGCGCGGGCGUGGCGCGCGGCGUCAGGACGGACGAGUUUGACGAGGUGAUGCGCAGGGCCGGCGUCUGGCGGUGA